AUCUCAGGAUGGAUUGGAGGAGGGAGGAGUCGCAGCAGUAUCCACGUAGGCGUGUUAACUGUCACAAGCUGUUAUGAGGUGCGAAACAAACAGGUAGUCGGGUGCAGACAAGCGACGGCGAAACAUGAUCUUCAAAAUCAGUGGCUUUGGAGCGCUUUUCAUGGUAAAUGUGCUGGUUGGUGUGCUUAGCGAGCAAGUACGACAAGUCACGCAGCCCGGCAUUCAUACGGAAGGGCCCGUAUGGGAUCACGCGAACGACGGGCUCUACUUUGUCGAUAUCGCAGCAGACCGCCUGGAGUACUACGACCCAAAGACUGGUGUUGUUCACAAAGUCACGCUCGACGGCCCUGUGAGCCCAGUGCUCGUGCUUCCUGGGGGAAAUUUGGCUGUUGGAGUCGGGCGGCAGUUACGGCUCAUGGACUGGGCUGCCUACAACUUCAGCUCCAUAAUUCCUCAGAUCACGCCGCCCGUUGUACUCACAACCGUCGAAGACGACAAGCCGGGUAACCGUUUCAAUGAUGGAAACAUUGACAGCGUAGGGCGGAUUUGGAUAGGCACCAUGGGCCCAGAACCAGUGGUGGGACAGGUGACUCCUGACCAGGGCUCUCUGUACCGUAUUACGCUACAAAGUCCCUCGCGACACGUUAGCUCGCUUCCGCGACAGGAACAUGCCGUUGAGGUCAAGACUGUCCUGUCACCAGUGAGCAUCUCCAACGGCCUAGUCUGGAAUCACGAGGAGACGCUAAUGUACUACAUUGACACUCCGACGCGCCGCGUUGAUGUGUUCGACUUCAAUCUUGCUCAAGGCACUCUUGGGACCCGCAGAACUGCUUUUGAUUUUGCAGCUCAUAAUGUUACCGGCAACCCUGAUGGUAUGACUAUUGACUCAGACGGAAACAUUUGGGUUGCGUGCUUUGGAGGCAGUCAGAUUGUUCAGGCGGACCCGCGGAGGAAUGCUUUGCUGCGCAGUGUCGCCAUACCCGCCAGCCAAGUAACCUCGGUAGAGUUCGGAGGCCCCUAUGUGGAUGGUGGCGACACUUUGUACGUGACCUCCAUGAGAAAGGGUCUGAGCGAAGAAGAGCUAGUUCGAGAGCCGCUGGCCGGGUCCGUAUUUGCUGUCACUGGACUCGGCACCUGCGGCCAGCGUAGCGCCAGCUGCCGAACAUAGGCCAACUCAAGGACAGAUAUCCCUCCUCACUUCUCCAUGGAUACAGAAUUGUGGCAAGAAAGCGAGGAAUUUAAACAGGCAGUCGAUUGACGAAGUCAAGAACUGUUGUGCUGAGCAAGUUGCACUUGUGGUACAGGAGUACAUCAAGAUCUUGAGGUCUGACAAAAAAAAAAGCAACACCCCUACGGUGAAAAAAUCCUAAAAGUGGUAUUCUAAUGUUAACAAAUUUACAAAUGAAGGCCACGUGUAAAAAUUGUAGUUUGUUAAAAGUCUUUACCCAACACUUGUUAAAAUCAACUUGACUUAAUACCAUUUAUCAUCUACUCCUAAAGAGGUUCAGUUGCCUACGGCACACAGAUAGAUGUCCUAAUUGACGUCAUAAAUGGAUUCCAUGCCAGGGCUUCAUAACUUAUAACGCCAACGAGUGUCAAUUACUCAACGUAACAAAAUACGUGUCAGAUUUAAAGUUUUAGCUGACACAGGACUAAGACUAGAAAGUUCGGGCGAAAACCAGCUAUCUAGAGUUUAAAAUCUAGAUGCCAAUUAAAUCCAAAAAUCUCCCUCCAAAGCAAUUAAAGUUAGUUCUUUGCGGUUCUUUUGAGGUUAAGUAUGUCUAUAGUGGGACGUAACUGUGUGAGCAAGAAAAAAAAUUUCAUAACUUUUAAAUUCUUUAACUCCCAAAAACCUUAAAGUCAGUCGGCCCUGUUCCUUGCUCGAUCACCCAGAGAACCAUUCAGUUGAUGAAACUAUAUCAGGGUUGUAAGAAACAAAAUUUAGUUCCUAAAACCGGCUAAAAUUUAGUAAUCCUAUUUGUAACUAAAUAUGGUCGCAUCAAUCAAAUGAAAACAGCUUGACUAAAUUAUUUCAUCGCCACAGAUAAAUUUUGGUCCUCAGAGCUAAAAUUUCGUCGGUUCUCUGGACUAAACGGUCUUCUGGGUAGAGUUACUCUGAAGAGAACACUAGCCUUGGGCCGAGACUUUGUUUUUGAGCUGCACCAAAGGUUCUGGUUUAUUUCGGAUAAAUUUGAAACACAAAUUCGACAGGAUUGUAUAUAGACAGCAGAUCAAUGAAACAGAUAAAUUUGUGACAGAUGAAGGAAGUAACAUUAAAAUUACGUAGAAUUAUAUUAAGCGUCAUUGUUGCCUGUACCAUAUGACUUGUUGACGGGGAAAUCACUUUGGUUCAAAGAGUACGGGUUAUUUCGUGGCAUUUUUCCUGCCAUUUCGGUAUUCAGUUAUUCCGGAUUAUAUCGGUGUAUUUUGCGUUAUUUCACAGUAAUCAGGGGGUAAUUCGGGACAAUUUUACCAUCUAUUUCCAGUCUAUUUCGGAGUUAUUUCGCUCUAUUUCAGGUCUACUUCGCUCUGUUUCGCCUUUACUUCUAACUAUUUCGGCGGAAGGUGUACGAACUAUUUCGCAAGUGGUUUCCCCCCGUGACUUGUUAGCUUUGGUGGAGAAGGGGCCAUUCACGCUUGUCUAUUGUGAUUUCGUAGCUCGCGCUCUGGACCGUGCAUCAGAAGCCGGAUGAUGAGCUAGUGAUGAGUGAGUUGAAGCCAGCCAUCGAACGAAACAGGAAAGCAAAAGGGCGAAUUGGCAAGCACUGAGUCUGGUUUUGAGAUUCUUUUAACUAGGGCUCUUAUUUGUACCCGGGUACCCGGAAAACCCGCUUACCCGGGCACCCGGGUAGGAACCGUGUCGACGGGUUUUCGCGGGUACUCGGCGUAUUACCCGGCUGCCCCGCGCCUAUAGCUAGGCAAUUUACAAACGAGCAUGCCAAAUAGCCUACUUGCAGGCGCGGUUCCACCGGGUUUACCCGGGUACCCGGGAAAACCCGUUGACCCGGUUCCUACCCGGGUUGCCCGGGUACCCACGGGUCGGGUUUUUAAGAGCCUUACUUUUAACACAAAACCAUGCGAUAACCGGUGUUUUGCGAUUCCCAUGCUAAAGGGCAUGAUAACCCCCAAAAUGUGAUAAAAGUGUUACAUUAUUGUGAUAAAAUAAUCACAAAAAUUACAUAAGAACUUUUUAUUACAGUUUUUGUGAUGAUUUUAUCACAAAAAUGUGAUACUUUUACGAGGGGGCCUCUACUCCGACAAUCUGGUGUACCCUCACCCCGGCAAUCUACGAUAAUCUUCGGCAAUCUCUAGGUAAUAGGCUGCAAAAGCCAAUUUUUUUUUUUGCCUACAUUCGAGGUGACAUUAGUGCGUUUUGCCUAGUUACAAGCUAAAUAUUCGUCAAGCAAUCUGGCAAUCUUGGCAAUCUGGUGUGCACCCUACAAGAGAGUUGAGCCCCUCGUACCUUUAUCACAUUUUAGGGGGUUAUCAUGACUUUUGGCGUCGGAAUCGCAAAACACCAGUUAUCGCAAAAAUUCCGUAAAAGUAUCACAAAACGAAUUUUAGUGUGGACAAGAUACCUCGUUCUGUAGAGUUAGGCUGCCCAGAAACACAACAAAAUAUUCCAAUCAAUAAAUCUCUUCCAACAUCAGAUAAGAUAAUUUUUUAAGUGUAGGCGAGGAAGGGCGCGGGCCAAGUUCUCGAGGGCAUGGGGCCACGUAGGCGCAGAUGCGCGAGUGCGCAGAAGAGGGAAGAGGUCAUAGGCAUACAACCCAUAUCUCAAUAAAAAUAAAAAAACAGGCCUGCCGGCCGGUAACGAGACAGUCCACCUCCAAAAGCAAAUUCAACUGUCUCAAUGUGCACUUAAUCGCCUUCCCCGUGAUUCCUUUCCUUUUUUUCGGUGUUUUGGAAUUCAACUCAAAAUCAGUACUUGCUAAAUGUGUCGUAAGGGAAUACCCACUGAACAGCCACUUUGCGCGAUUUGCUACCGCAUGUCAGUUCCCGAAGGAAAUAAAAUAAGAGGCACCUUACUUUUGGCAGAUUUUUUUAGCUCUACAUCAUUCGAUAUUUUCUGUACAAGUCAAUCUCCCCACACCGACACCAUCAUGAUAUAUGCUCAGAUGGGCACCGUGUAAUUUUUUUUUAGCAUGUGAAUACUGUUAGAAAUACAUGAUAUUUCUACUGUCCGAAUAAAUCCUGUGUCACAAUAUA